AUGAACUAUGAACUAACUUAUGGCGAGGGACCACUUGGGAAUCACAUUUUCCAAGGACUCGCAGCAGGCAUUGCUGUCAAUGAGAACGGAAGAGGACUGAUCACUGAGAACGUGAUUAGGCAGAAUCAGUGGGGUGGUGCUGAUAUCCGUCGAGGAGGUGAUCCAGUCCUCCGCAAUAACUUCAUCUGUUACGGCUAUUCAGAUGGAGUGGUGGUUGGAGAGAGAGGAAGGGGACUUGUUGAAGGCAAUCACAUAUAUGGCAACAGAGGCUGUGGAGUAUGGGUAAUGUCAUCUAGUCUACCUCAGCUCAUUGGAAAUCACAUUUCCCAUAACCGCAUGUAUGGACUGGCCGUGUUCUGCCGAAAGGACACAGAGUCUGCCGUGAACCGGGAAGGCUACCGUGCAUUACAGGACAGAGACAGAGGAGAACGGGACAACUUCAACGAGGAAGGAGAACUGAUGGCCUGGGAGAGUGACAUCGACAGCGAAGAUGAGCGAUUUUCCUCCAGGCGGCCAAUCACAGUUGCUCUGGUGGAAAACAACUGCAUUAGCCAAAAUGGAGCUGUGGGAGUGUUUGUGAAGAGCAGUGAGCCUCUGAAUGUGGUGUCCAACAUGGUGAAGAGUAACAGAGGAGCCGGUGUGUGUGUGAUUCAGAGCGCUCAGCUCACGCGUCUGGUCGGGAACUGUGUCCUCUGUAAUGGCUGGACAGGAGUUUCUGUUGACCGAGAAUGUCGAGUGGAGCUGCGCGGAAAUGGAGUUUACGGCAAUACCUGUCACGGCGUCUGCUUCAGAGGAGAUGGGCUCAUUGUGGAAAACGAUGUGGUGGACAACACUACUGGGGGAAUACGAGUGAUGGACAAUGCCGAUGUUAAAGUGUUGAGGAAUCGUGUUCAGGCGGUGCGAGGGUAUGGGAUUUCUGUGAAGCAGCUGGCUCGAGGUGUGGUUCAGGAAAACCUGGUUUAUCAGAGCCGCCCUACGACCACUAAAACCCCCAUUCGGACAAAUGCACAAAACCUGGAGUGUGUCGUACUUAACAACUCUCUGCUCACACCCAGGUUAGACUCGCUCACACACUUUAAGAAAUAAUGUGUCACAAAUCUAUGUUUCAGCGCUGGUUGCAUUUCACCAUUCACCACAAAUAAAGGAUUAGUAAGCUCACCUUACUGUACAAACACACAUAUAGCCUGUGACUGCUGUCAUUUAAUGUACAAAUAAACAUAGACAUCGAUGCGUGUAUAU